AUGUCCAACGAGGAUGAGACUGAGACGCCAAAAGUGCAAUUUGGCGUUUCGCAGCCAAUUGCACUCACAAAACCGGAGCCGAAGGAUAUUGCUUUGAAUGAGGAGCUCAUAAAGUACAUGCGAGAAAGCAAAGUUUUCGAGGCGAAGGAAGAGCUAGAUUUGAGAAUAAAAGUGCUCCGGAGUCUGAACAAAAUGGUUAUCGAUUUCGUCGCGAAGGUAACUAAGAAAAAACUUCCGAAUGAUGAUACGCUGAAGCCUGGCGGCAAAUUGUUCACUUUUGGGUCUUAUCGGCUUGGUGUGCAUACUCCAGGUGCUGAUAUUGAUACAUUAGCUGUUGCUCCACGACAUAUUGAACGAAGCGAUUUCUUCGAUACAUUCUACGAUAUGUUAAAAAAUGAUCCGAAUGUGACGGAACUGCAUGCAGUUGAGGAUGCGUUUGUCCCAGUUAUCAAACUUCGCUAUUCCGGAAUUGAGAUUGAUAUCCUAUUUGCAAGAUUGGCGCUUAAAGAGGUUCCUGCCAGCCAGACUCUCAAUGAUGAUAUGUUGUUGAAGAAUCUUGAUCAAACAAGUAUUCGCUCGCUCAACGGUUGUCGCGUCGCUGAACAACUUCUUCGUCUUGUUCCGGAGUCCAAAGUAUUCUGCACAACUCUUCGCGCCAUAAAAUUGUGGGCAAAAAAUCACGGGGUUUACUCAAAUGUUCUUGGAUUUCUUGGAGGAGUUUCCUGGGCGAUUCUGGUUGCGAGAACUUGUCAACUAUAUCCGAACGCGAUUGCUUCGCGACUUGUACAAAAAUUCUUUUUCGUCUUCUCCAAUUGGGACUGGCCACAUCCUGUCCUUUUGAAAGAUAUGGAUAAUAACAGACCGAAUCUUCCGUCGCUGGCCGACAUGGUCUGGGAUCCGCGUCACAAGACAUCGGAUCGCUAUCAUAUUUAUCCAAUUUUGACACCGGCUUUCCCGGAACAAAACUCGACAUACAAUGUCUCAAACUCCACAAAAAUUGUGCUUCAGAAUGAACUGCAAGAAGGCCUCGACAUUUGUAUGGAAAUAUUCGAGAAUCGCUCAAGCUGGAGCAAACUGUUUGCUGAGGUCAACUUUUUCAGCAGAUACAAGCAUUUCAUUUCAUUGCUCCUCGCUGCUGCGUCCGAUGAAGAUCAUCUGUGCUACACGGGAUUCCUCGAAUCAAAAAUCCGUCACCUAAUCGGAUCGUUGGAGAGGAAUCAUCCGUGCAUUAGCAUUGCCCACAUUAAUCCGAAGAAAUAUAAACCAGCUCCUGGGGCUCAAUUCGACAUUCCAUUCCAGAAUCCGGUUUGUACCCUUUGGUUCAUUGGCCUCGAAUUUGACAAAUCAACUGCGAUGAAUUUGGAUUUGACUGCGGAUAUUUCGUCAUUCCAACAAUUACUAGCUACACACGGAAAUUAUGCUAAAGGAAUCACAUCUCGUGAUAAUAUUAAGGUCGAGUUGCAAUACGUGAAACGCUCCGAUUUACAUCAUUUCAUUCCGGCUUCAGAGCUGAGAAAGGGGAGAGCCUUCCAGAAGCCGAAGCCGAAAACACAAGCCAACUCAUCCACGAUCAAUAGUACACCAUCGACUCCUACCGUUGCUGGUGAAGCUAAGAAAUUGAAUGGCUCGAUUAGUCGAAAGCGCAAGCCGGAUACUGAUGACGAAGGAUCGUCAUCUGUCAAAUCGGAUGAUUCGAACCAUCCUACUCAGGCGAAACGAAAGAACAGUGGCGAGGAAAAAGCGAUGCUUGAAAAGAUAUGUAUCGAGUCGUCCGCUUCGGUAGCUGCAUCAUCCGAAGCGUCGGCAGCUACGGCAGCUGAGAACUGGACUGAAAUCAAGGAUAAUACCGAGAUUCUACCGGUCGAAAUGGAAGACGGUGUUGUCAACAGCGAAGCCGGACGUGCUGACGAGGAGAUGAUGGACGAAUCAGCUCCAGAUAAGGAGAAUGGUGUUAAGCUGAAUGGAAAACUUGGAGGCGACGACGGCAAUAGUGGCGGUGAGAAUUCAGUGACAGCAGCAGAUGCUGAAUAG